AUUUUUGUUUUUUUUAUUUCUAUUUUUUAUUUUUUUAUUUUUAAUAAAUUUUUUAAAUUAUUUGUGAAGAAAAAUGAGAGAGAAUUCUAUCUUUAAAGGAAUGAAUUUGGGAAUUAAAAAACCGUUAAAACGCUGAAUAGAAAAAAAAAAUCUAUUUGUAAAAGAAUUUUGGUCCAUAACGGAAUCCUUCGGAAAUAGUCUAACAGCUUGAGUUUGGGCGAUUUCCGCAUUGAUCCCCUGAACUGAUUAAAAGUCUAGUUAUUCCAAAUUUGUAAACUGUGUGUUCGGGUCUGUUAAUGUUGGAAUAAUUUCAUAUUAGUUAUAAAAAGGUAAUACACUAGCUUAAAAGUGAGGACCUUAUCUGGCCUUCGUAUCAAGGGCAGAUCAGUUUUUGCGUUACUAUUGAUUUUUUUGGAAACUGCUUAAUCAUUUUUAAAAUACUGCUCCGCUAGUGCUUCGAAUAUGGAUUACAAGGGUGUUUGGUAGAACUUUAGAUUUUAGAUUGACAUUGGAUCUAAAUAAAGCUUUGUCAAACAGUAUAGCUUCAGAUUUUAGAUUCACGCUGAAUCUAAAUAAAGCUUUGUCAAAUAGGAUAGUUUUAUUUUUUUAAGUAAUUUAAUACGUAGAAUUGAUCUUUUCGCAAUACAAUUUUGUAUAGUAGGUAAAAUAAUACUAUAAAAAACUUGAUAUGUAGAAUUGAAGGGAAAUUAUGUACCAUUAUCACUAAGUAAUACCUCUCGUUCAUUCCCCUCUCCCCCUUGAUCGUUCGCUCGUCCCUCAGAUCGUUUGCGUGCUACCCGACCAACCUUAACCCUCCGCCCAGCUCUACUAUUAGAGUUCUUUCCGCUAGAUCUAGAGUUAGAUUUCUGUCAAAUAAAAUUUAAGUAUAGGUUAGGACGAAACGAAUACAAAUUCUUUUUUCUUUCAAGCCAGCAACUAACAAUACGGGUCCAGUACGGUGUAUCCGCCAGAUCGAUGUUGUUUCCGACGCCCCGCGCCCCCGCCCAGGUUCGCCGCGGGAAGGAGAGGAGGAAGAGGAGCCAAACGGUUUAGCCGACUCGGCCGCUCGCUUCCCAAAUAGGCACCGAAAAUACUCGAAACCCCACCCAAAUAGAACCCUCAAACACCUCCGAAAAGGCGAGUAGCGCCGAGAUCGGGGGAGUAGGAGAUGGUGGUGCGGCGGCUGGGCGGCGCGGGCCGCGCGCUGCUCACGCUCCCCAACAUCCGAAGGCGGGCGUCCAACUCCUGGGCCGCCGUCCGCGACACCUUCUUCUCCACCAAGCAAGUGUUCGAGAGCCACCGCAUCGUCUUCACCGUCGGCACCUCCGUCGCCUCCAUCCUUACGGCAUGGGCCGGUUAUUCACUUCGUCAUAUGCAGCAAUCAAGGAUUGACAGGAGGCUUGAGUCAAUUGAAACAUCUUUGAAGGAUAAUCACAAAGUUCAACAUGAGGAGAUAAAAAAGAUUGUCACUUCCAGCAAUGCUAGCACUCCAGCCUGUGUAGCCACGGCGCUGACGACAACGGUUGUUGGGUACGCGUUAGGGUGGCGAGGUGGAGCUUGGUAUGCUCGAAGGGCCUUCCGAAGAGAGCAACAGAAGCUGAUGGGUCAAAUCAAGUCGCGCAAUAGAUGGCACUGGCGGCCCUUCAAUAAACUGAAAAAUAGGCUCAGAAGUAGCAGAUUCACGUCCAAGACCAAGAGUCCCGAUGCCCCUAGAUCAUUGGGCCGAAGCACCGAUGCCCCCUCAAGUAGCAGGGCGUCUGAGAAUGUUAGCAGCAAUGCUCAGGCAGCAGGCUGUACAUGACUAAUAGAAGUUGUGAACGCAUAGCCUAUACGCUUUAGUACACAUACCAUAUGACUGGUAGGUAGUCAGCACGAUGGUGGAUCAUUUUGUAGCAUUAAGAUAACUAUGCGGAUGCAGCUGUGACAUGGAAAAAUUCAGUUGAAUGAUGAUAGACGGGGAACCUGUCUAGUACUGAUGUACCAUUUGUUCCGUCCAGAUUAUACUUCUUUUAUGCCACGUUAUUAUGAGAACUGAAAGCCUCGUGCAGCCAAGUUAUGAUCGAAA